AUGAAUUUUUCAUCUAAAUUUAGUAUGAUAUUUUUAGUUAUUUAUGUAAUUAGGUUGUCAAAACAAUAUUACACAAAUGGACAUAUUAAUUACAUGGAUAAUGCAAUAAAUAAUGAAAAUGAUUUAAAAUAUUCUGGUAGUUUAGGAUGUUAUCUUUGUAGUCAACUAAUGUCAAUAACUCAAUCAAAAAUGGCAUUAAAUCAAGUUCAAUUAAAAAAUAUUUUAAAUGAACGUUGUAAUGAUCUUUCUAAUUUUAUAAAAGCUCAAUGUUUUACAUUUGUCAGAGAAAGCCUUCCCCAAAUAUAUUAUUCAUUAAGUUAUGAUAUAUCACACAAAAAUAUAUGUGAAAUGUUAAAUAUUUGUGAAAUUAAUAAAUUUAAUAAUAUUGAAAAUACAUCAACUAACACAGAUAAUCAUGAUAAAAAAAAAAUUUUUAAUAAUAUACAUUCUACUGUCAUUAAACCAAUACCAAUUGUAGAAGAAUCUAAAAAAACAAAUGAUAUGGAAGAUGAAAAAAUUGGAAAAUCUAUAAGAAUUUUACCAAAAAAAAAUAUAAUAUCAACAACAAUAUUACCAGAAACAAUUAUUGAUAAAAAUUUAAAUAACAAAGAAAAAACUAUUUCAAAUAAUUCAAAUAAUUUAGAAAUAAAUUAUAUGACACAAGAAAAAAUUGUUUCUGGAAAAAUAACAGAACGAUUACAAUCAAAAAUAAAAAAGCCUAAAACAGUUGUUUAUGUUCCAUCAGAUAUUAAAAGUGAAGCAAAAAUACCUGAAUUUGAAGAUUUAACUAAUCCAGCUAAAAUAGAUAUGAAAGGGAUGCGUAUGACAUGUUUAUUUUGUGAAAAAAUGUUAAAUAAUGCUAAAAAUUAUGCUAUUUCAGCAAAAACAGAAAUAUCAAAUUUUGCUAAUAAUACAUGCGCAAAAUUAACAAAAUCAGCUUUAUCCGAAGAAUGCUAUAAAUUAACUGAUAGAAAAAUUAGUGAAUUAGCAAAUUUUGUUGAUGAGCAAGUAGUUGAAGCUUUAUGGUGCGCACAAAUGAAUAAUUGUUAA